UUUAAAUCAUCCUGAUUAAUCUAGCCUUCGCGCGUCGAUCAUUAAAGCUGCAGCGGAGCAUCUAAUAAAAUUAUAUACAUUAUGGAGUUUUUAUUGACCGUCAAACCGCAGCAGCAGUCGCGACGCUGAUAUCGUAUUAAGUGGACGUUACAAUAACGUCGUCUGUUUGAGUACAAUAUUAAUACACCUUAAUAACGUUUAUUGAGUAUUUUAUCAUGGAAAAAUAUAUGAUUAACAAUGUGUAAUCCGAUCGUCUACCGAGUAAUAUAAUAUUCUAACUGUGUCGUUUUAGUUUGUGGUUAUUUUUUAUUUGUAAUUAUGUCAUAAUUCCCGAAGAAGGACGCAAAUAAUCUGUUUUUUUUUGUUUUUAUUAUUAUGAGAUCCGACGAGAUGGUGGAAUCGCUGGCCACCGGUUUUCAAAAUCUCUACAACAAGUACACCAGAUCGGAAAACGGGCCGCAGGACGACGGCAGACGCGAUGUGUACAUUGUGCCGGUCAACAACAACACGGCCGUCGCCACUGACGACGCUCAGAGUCAGUUCCUCUCGCAGCGUUACCGCCCGAAGGCUCGCAGGUCGUUCGUGUUCGACGCCAAACACCUGUGUCAGGCUAAAACUCUGAAAUGGCACAUAAUGAGACAGAGCAGACUGCGGGCGUCCUCGGGACAGUGUUGUCCGGUCUGCAUACCCAACAUGCCGUGGGGUAAUGCAAAAGUCGUGUCAAAUUUAAAGAACUUAUUGGACAUAUACAACAUCGGUACCAUUCAAAAGUCAAUGUUCGGUUGUUUCGUCGACGAUUUAAAGUUUUUCUACCAGCUCAAAAGCCAAGAGUACAAAUAUAUAUACGACGAAGUUCUGGAAGACGAAGUUGUAAAGAAAGCAAUUACUGCGGCUGCACGUAAUGCGUGUGCUGAAGAUGCGGUAGUUGGGGAUAGCCGUUUUGACGAGGAGAUGAAAACACAGCAAGCAAACACGAGGCGCAUACUAACGGUCAUAAGUGCGAAUGUUAAAAACUGGGUCUACAAGGUUAUCGGUUGGUUCACAUACCGUAUGAUCUCGUUGUUGGCCACUAGCCUAGUGGUCCAGCCCACUCAAAUCGACAGGGUCAGGGAAGCCGAACAGAGUGGCCUACCCGUUAUUUAUUUACCGUUGCAUAAAAGUCAUAUGGACUAUAUACUUUUGGGAUUGGUGUUGACAGUAAAUAACAUCAAACCGCCUCUGGUAGCAGCCGGAGAGAACCUCAGAGUUUUCUUCAUUAGUAAACUGUUGAGUUUCUUGGGAGCAUUUUACAUCAAGAGACACAUAGACACAAAAAGAGAUCAACUCUACUGGUCAGUUUUGAGCAGUUAUAUUAAAAACAGUAUGAAAAGUGGACACCAUAUAGAAUUCUUUUUAGAAGGUGCCAGAACUCGAAGUGGAAAGUGUUGCGUUCCUAAAGCUGGAUUAUUGAGUAUCAUAGUGGAUGCUUAUCGUGAAAAAGUUAUUGAAGAUGCGUGGAUUAUACCCGUGUCUAUGAAUUACGACCGAAUAUUGGAAGGGAAUUUUGUCAGAGAACAACUUGGCCAACCAAAAAAGAAGGAAACUUUCUUCGCAGCAAUUUCGACAUUCAUUAAAGCUAUUUGUUCACACUAUGGAAUAAUGAGGAUGGAUUUUAAUAAGCCAUACAGAUUACGAGAUUUGUAUGAAUCGAUUGAUAAAUUGACAAAAUUAGAAAACGAAUCAUUAAAUAAGAAUGGUAUGGAAAUGAUGUCUGCAACUAUUUGCUAUAAAACUACAGUUGACAGAAUGGCAAAACAUAUAGUUUAUGAUUGUUGGAAAUCAACUCCUAUAAUGUCAACGCAUGCAGUGUGCUUUUUACUUUUGAAUAAGCAUAGAAAUGGUACUACUUUAGAACAGUUGGCCAAGGAUUUAUCAAUGAUGCGUGAUAAACUUUCUCAAGCUGAUAGGGAUAUCGGUUUCAGUGGAAAGUCCAUAGAAGUAAUCAAACACGCACUUGAUCUCUUAGGGCCAAAUUUAGUUGUGUAUGAAAAUACUGAUUCUGGCCGUAUUGUUAAACCGAUUCUUGAUGUACCAGUCUUAAUAGAACUCUCAUAUUAUGGAAAUAAUCUUAUUUCCCAUUUUAUGCAUCAAUCAUUAGUGGCUCUUACAAUAUGUAAACUAGUCAAUCAGGACUUUUGGAACAACGCUAUAACAGAAACGAAAAUCUCAAGAAAUGACUUGGUUGGAGAUGUAACAUUUCUUACCAAUUUAUUGCAAUUUGAUUUUGUUUUUAUUAAACCUUGUGAUACUCUGGAUAAUAUCGUGGAUAAUGUGAUUAGACAUUUUGAGGAAGAAGAAAUUAUUUUGAUGGAUAUGAUGCUCGAGGAAGAGAGGCGUAGCCAAAAUAUGGCGAAAAUGUUAGAUAGUGAUUCCGAUGAUGAUUAUCAACAGCCAUAUGUUGAAAUUGAUGUUAAAUACCGUGUUAAUACAAAUGAAAAUAGCUUAAAUAAAUUAAAGUUUUAUCGAUCAGUUAUGAUGCCAUACUUAGAAUGCAUGGCUGAAAGUGCUGGAAGUUUUCUUGCUUUGUCAGAAAAUUCAGUGAUAGAACGUGAACACGUACAAACAAUUUUAAACCAAAUGCACGAAAAUUUGGAAGAGGGAAUCCUGUCUUAUGGUGAAAGUAUAUCUCUGGAUACCAUUAAACAUUCAUUUUUGGCGUUUGAAAAGUUUGACUGUCUACAAAUCACAACAAAAGACAAUAUCAAGACAUUGCAGAUUAUUAAUAAUCAACCCAGUGAGUUAAAUCCAAGUAUGCAGGCCAUGUCAGAAUACAUUGAGGAAUUUGUUAAACAAAUAAAUUAAACUGUAAAUUAUUGUGUGUUUAAUAAUGUUUACACAAUUUAAAACUAAAUUGUACAGUUGUUCAAUUACAAUAAAUUGGAUUAACUGGUUAGUGGAUUUAUCUUAAAAAGUUAUGUAGGUAUUAUGUACAUUUUUAAGUAUUUAUUAAAAGACAUUAAAAGCAGCAAAAUAUUUAUGAACUGAAUCAAAUUGUUGUUUUAAUUUUAAAAAAUACAUUUAAUUAUAAAUAGUUUUCAAAAACAUGCUCAAACUAUGAUAUUCAAAAUAAUUUUUUGAUAAACAUUUUUUUUUUGUUUAUCUUUAAAUAUUAAAUUUAAGAUAAUAUUAUGUGUGUAAAUAUUUGUUAUUUUUAAUGUUAUACAGUUGGGAUAUUAUAUUUUUAAAGUACUGUAAUUGUAUUUAAAAUUGUAUAAGUAGCUUAACCUUCAAAAUUUAUCAAUGUACUCCAUCAAAAUCUUUAUUACCUUGUACAUUUACAAUCAAUUUUUUUUCUCAAAAUAAUUUUUUUAAAAGUUGUAUGACUAUUUUAAAAUGAAUUACUUAUUUUCAAUGGAAAUAUACCUAGUAUACUUAAUAUGAGCAAUGUAAAAUAUUUUCUUUUUGCUUAAACACGACAUUUUUGAUCUGACGUUUAUGUUUAUAUGUUUUUAUGUUGUGAUAUAAAGUUGUAUUCAUACACUUUUAACUAGAAUAAA